AUGGCAGAUUCAUUGGAUGAACACAUGGUGGAAAACUACACCGCUGACUUAGACAACUUGCCACUGACAACAGAAUUUGAUUACGAAGGUGCAACAGCAUGCAUAAAAAUUGAGGGAAGGUACUUUGCAGCAAAAUUUCUGCCACCGCUUUACUCUUUGGUGGUGAUAUUUGGCCUCCUGGGCAACAUGCUCGUUGUCCUUAUCCUGGUAAAAUACAAGCGACUGAAGAGCAUGACCGACAUCUACCUGCUCAAUUUGGCAAUUUCUGAUUUGCUGUUUAUAUUUUCCCUCCCUUUUUGGGCUUACUAUGCUGCCCAGGAGUGGAUUUUUGGAGACGCACUCUGCAGAAUUCUCUCAGGUGUCUACCUCCUUGGCUUCUACAGUGGGAUCUUUUUCAUAAUCCUGUUGACCAUAGACAGGUAUCUGGCCAUAGUGCAUGCAGUUUUUGCUUUAAAAGCCAGGACAGUUACCUAUGGCAUCCUCACCAGCACUGUCACUUGGGCUGUUGCUCUUUUUGCCUCUGUUCCAGGAGUAAUAUUUCACAAAAGUCAAAAGGAAAAUUCACGUUAUACAUGCAGCCCUCAUUAUCCAACAGAACAGAGAAAUGCAUGGAAGCAGUUCCUGACUUUAAAGAUGAACAUCCUGGGACUUAUUGUUCCCAUGCUCAUUAUGAUCUGCAGCUACACACAAAUUAUAAAAACAUUACUGCAAUGUAGGAAUGAGAAGAAACAUAAAGCAGUCAGGCUUAUUUUUAUCAUCAUGCUUGUCUACUUUUUAUUCUGGGCACCAUACAACAUCUGUAUUCUCUUGCGUGAUUUUCAAGUAUCAUUAUCCCUCAGUACUUGCGAAAUUAGUGGUCAACUGGAGAAAGCAAUCCAAGUGACAGAAACAAUCUCAAUGAUCCACUGCUGUAUCAACCCUGUGAUCUAUGCCUUUGCUGGAGAAAAGUUUAGGAAGUAUCUUCACUGCUUUUUCCGAAAGCACAUCGCAUCCCACUUCUCUAAAUAUUGCCCAGUUUUCUAUGUUGACACAGCUGAACGGGCUAGCUCCACCUACACACAGUCCACUGGAGAGCAAGAAGUUUCUGCUGCAUUGUAA